AUGAACGGUCCCCGCCCUCCCAUCAAGCAGUUUGGCUUGACGCAGAUCUAUACUCCGCGUGACGACCCGACGAUCGAUAUCGUCUUCGUGCAUGGCCUGAAUGGCCACCCUCAGAACUCUUGGACGAGCAAAGUCACUGGUUGCUUUUGGCCAGUCGAUCUCCUACCUGAUAUCCUCGCCGCACAGCGCCCGCGCAUCCUUACCUACGGCUACAAUGCAAAUGUUACUGCCUUCACCGAUGGAGUGUCUAGAGACACAGUUGUGAGUCAUGCUGAGACGCUUGCCUCAAGCCUCGCUGCCAAUCGAAAUUUGCGAAAUGCCACCAACCGUCCGAUUGUCUUCAUCUGUCACUCACUGGGAGGUCUGGUCGUAAAAAGGGCCCUGAUCUACUCCCGUAGUCUCUCAAAUGAGAAGACCGAGCAUCUGCGCUCGGUCUAUGUCUCUACCUUCGGCAUUCUCUUCCUUGGAACACCCCAUAAUGGAUCCGACAUCGCGAAAUGGGGUCUACUUCUGAACAACAUAUGCAACGCCGUCCUCCCAAAAAAAUUCCUGGAGACAUCUCCACAGUUGGUCAAGACGCUGCGAGCUAAUAAUGAGACCCUGCAGCAUAUCAACAGCUUGUUUGUCGACAUCAUGGGCCGCUUCCACAUCUACUUCUUCCACGAGACUCGAUCCACCGACGUACGAGGCACCCGGGAAGUGAUCGUUGACGAGCACUCGGCGGCGCCAUAUAUGGAUGGCGUUGAACGAAUGGGAAUCGAGGCCGAUCACAGCCACAUGUGUAAAUUCGAUGACGAUAAUGCCGCAGGCUACGAAGCCGUCGCAGAAGCAAUCCUUCGCUAUUCGCGCCAGGCUCCGACUGUGAUUUCGGCUCGCUGGAUAGAAGAGAGGAACGUCCGCACUCAGGAGAAGAAAGCAAAGGCAAGGGAAAUAUAUGAUGGUGAGUGGAAAUCUAUUUACCCCCAAAGCCAUCUGAAACUGACUGUUUCAGCUGGAACAGAGGAACCGAUCAACCAAAGCAUGCCCGAUUUGAACAGAGUUGGUAGGGCUACACACUUCCUCCCCGGACCGGAAGCGUCUGUCACUUUGAGGGACUAUGAGAUUGAGGAGCCUCCCGUUGAAGGAUCUUUCCGGCGCCAAUCCGUACCAACUCUACCACGCGCCCCUGCAUCAGAGGGCCGCAACUCCCCAGUCUCAGAGCUAGGGAACAGUGGUCUUCUUCAACUUUCCCAUUACUCCAAUAAUGGAAAUGUACCUCCUUUCUUUGUGGCACCACCAGGCUUCCAUCCGAACGCUACAUUCUUUGGCAUGCAAAAAGAACUCGAAAUAUUGCAUAACCGACUUUUUAGGACCUCAGCGCGCGCAAAGCGGACCAUGGCAAUCUUGAUAUCUGGUGUUCCUGGAUCUGGAAAAACACACCUUGCAAGACAGUAUGUCUUUACUCAGCGUGACUGCUACCCAGGAGGCAUAUUCUGGAUUGACUCCAAGUCUCGCGAAGCUUCAUAUAAAUGCUUUUGGGAGAUCGCGCAAGCAGCGUCUCUAAUCGAGAAAAGAGAAUCCACAGAUGUGGACCUGAACCCGGCCCAGACAUACGUGAAUGAAGUUCGCAACUGGCUUCAAAAUCGUCAAGACUGGCUCCUGGUUUUCGACGGCAUCACAUUCAGCGAUGAGAAUGAAAUCAACCUUUUCAGGAACUUUUUGCCCUGGAACAGGAACUGCAGCAUCAUUUAUACAUCGGUGGACACGACACUGCGGAAAAAGCAAAGGCUAUACGAGCCGUACUGCUUGAUGAUCUCCCGGUUGCAUGUCGAGGAUGCUUGCAAGCUUCUGUUCAAGGAUCUUGGAAUCACUCGCCCUACACCCGAGCAGGUAGUCAAAGCGACUCGGAUAGUCGAGUACUACGAAUGCUUGCCUUUGGCAAUCCAUGCAAUUGGCCAUCGUUUGAACGCAACCGGCAAACCGAUCGAAAAAUAUCAUGUCAAAUCACAAGUGACUGACAAAAAGCUUGCAGAGCCAUUUUUGAGCAUCAUGAAUGACCUUUUCCGACUGAAGCAAGAACAGGCACUCCGUCUGAUCAAUCUUCUUUCUUUCCUUGGUCACCAGGUGCCAGUGGGUCUUCUGGAUCUGGGAAGAAGCGUCAUGACAGAAGAAAAUCUAGAGAUUCAGACCAGUGCCCGGACAGGAGAUGUUCCUGAUUUGGAUACCACACUCGGAACUCUCAUCCACUAUGGUUUGAUUGAGCGAACUUCGGAUGCCGACGUUCUUCAGCAAAGAUCUUCCAUGCAUAGUUCUGAUUCGGACGCCAAGAACAUUCCAGAUCUCUCGGAUUCCUUGACGGAGAGCAGCCAAGAAGAGUUCUUCUCUAACUAUCGACACAAUUCAGCGGUCGAUGUUAUCAAGAUCCACAGCGUGGUGCAAGGUUUCUGUCGCGAUGAGUUGCGAAUCCAAGACGAAGAACUCAAAGGUGUCCUUAGAAAGGGCGAGGAUGGUUACUUCGACAUGUGGCUGAUGACGGCCACCAGGUUUCUUCUCAAGUCAUACGGAAUAGCCGUCGAAAGAAUGGACACUUACCCUGACUGUGGCCUGGUUCGGGACUACCGAGAAUAUGAAACUCAUGCUUCCAGACUGGCUGAGCUCUACCCAAAGAAAGCUUUGAUGGGCUUCCAUUCCCCAAGACUUAAGAAGACACGAGAGCAACUGCGACAACUGAUGAAGAAGAUAAGCAAGCGGAUCCAGGACAUCUCUCCGAGCUCCUCACAAGACUUAAUCCAGCAUCAGAAGUCGGUCUUCGACCGGUCGAGCAGCUCGUCUUCUUCGUAUCGGGAGUCAUCUGCUGGGGGAGGUUUGUCCCGCAGGUCUACAUUCAACUUCAGUGAUAUGGGGACACCGCGGGCGGAGUCUCCUGAGCAGAUUAUUGUGCGCCCUCGUUUCAAAUUGGAGCUUUUCCCGCCACAUAUAUACCGCCAGACCGGAUAUGAGUCGGAGGAGGGAUACGAGACAGACGGAGAGGCCAAGGGAGGGCUGCAAAUCUCCCCGGCUUUGUCACAGGCCAGCCAGACUACAGAAAAGCCCAAGAUGUCGCCUCCGUCAACAAAUCCACCAGGACUUUCUGCCAAAUGGGGCUGGCACAAGGCCAACCGAGCCCAAGAGCAAAGACGUCCUAGCCAGGGAAAUUCAAAGAAGAGGGCAAAUAGCCCCAUCAAAGUCAGCCAUCGAUUUAGAGAUACCAAGGCCGACACUCCGCUGGCCGAGGUCUCUUCGGUUCAAGGACUUGGCUCAUCGAGUCGUACGCCAUUUUCAGACACAAGGAGAUUCUCAACCUCUGCCUCAGAAGCAGAAAAAGCAUUAGCGGCCGUUCGUCGAUCUAGUAGAUCACAAGCUCCCGAACCCCAGCUACCUACGAUUACUCCACCAAUGAACCACGAGAUCAUGCCGGGAUUGCCCAGGCUUGAAAAUGUGGCUGCUCGGCGCAUAUCAGAGGUGGAGGCCACAGUCAAGCGCCCAUCAUCAGUUCCAGUAUCUCGAGCAAUGGAUCAUUCCAGUGGGCUACCAAUGAAGUCUUCCAUUGAAUCCCUCGAUGGCAGAGCAGGCUACGCCUUUGCGUCACCAUUAUCCCACGAAUGGACAACCCGUGAACUGAUGGAGCCAAUAUCCCGACUCACUUACAGCGAGUCUGGAAUCGAGGGAUUCAACAACGCAAUAAACGAUGCGGACUUCCAUACAGCACCUGGAUCUCGUGCCCCUUCUCGGCGUGCCUCGAUCGCACAGCUUGAGCCUCCGCGAAGCCUAUCUGCAAGCGUGCCAACUCUCAUUCCAUUCCCGCCUCCCCUACCAUACGAUGAGGAUAUUUCCAUCACCCGCCCAAGGCGCAGGAGAUCGUCACAACUAGCAUCGGGCUCUGCCACUCCCUCCCAUCCAUCUGUGAUAAUGCCUGGCGCACUGCCACUUCCAUCAGACACGCACCUACCGGUGGGAUCUGCCCCCGAGCGUCCCAUGCCCGGGUCCAUGACCCGUGGAUCUUCUGCAUUCUCUCAUCAAUCGUGGGCCACAGAGCCUGUGCGGUAUCCCCCACGGUUUUCACCGCUCCCCAGCUUCACGCAGCAUCCAGACUCGGUACCCGGCGGACUAUUAAAUGCAGAGCAGCAACAGCAAAUACUCGCAGGCGGUAGUUGGACAAGUGAUCUUUCCAUGAGCAGUGCUCUCCAGUCAGAGCCUGUCUACCCGAACCCACCACAGCAUAGGCGCUUGAGCUCGAUGGACGAGCGAGUCAAAUUCAUGGAUCCAGAUUGGGAUACGGAGUUUGAAACCUCGCAAAUUUUGCAUUUCGGUGCACAUCGGGUUGACGUUCGAGACCCGCACUUGAGAUUGCAUGAGUCUACUCGACUCCAAGCGUCCCAUCCUGGUCCCCAGUACCAGUUGUACCACCCCAAUCUGUCUGGUCCUUUGAUCCAGCAUGAUGGCCAUAUUUAUGCGCCUGCACACCCGGUGGAAGCAUACGGAGCCCGUCCGCGGAGCGGAAGCUCACCUACUCGUCCGAAUUAUGCUGGGCUGGGUGUGCGAUUCUGA